AGGAUUGAGUACAUGAGAUUCGAUGGAGACCCCAUAAAGUAUGUCUCGUUCAUGCACAAUUUUGAAACCUGCUUAGAGAAAGAUAACCCCGACAACUCCAGGAGAUUACAGCUAUUAAUCCAACACUGUUAUGGCAAGGCAAGGGAUGCCAUUGAAAGUUGUGUGAAUCUACCAGUAGACGAGGGAUAUUAUGUAGCUAAGAAUACCUUACGCGAAAACUUUGGACUGCCUCACAUCAUAGCCAAAGCACAUAUCAAGAAGUUGGAAGACCUACCUCCCUUGAAACAGGCGAAUGGAGCAAGUUUACUUGAAUUUGCCCGCCAUUUAGAUGUUGCCCAUAGAACACUGUCAGGCAUGGGGCCUGAAUACGUCAGUGAUUUGAAUCACACGAAUACGUUAAGGGAACUGAACAAGAAGCUGCCACUGUCCACUGAGGGUCAAGUGGACAGAAUGUGCAGGAAGGAUUAUUUCAUUUGGAUCGAAACCUAAGUUUGUAGACUUCCUUAAACACUUAAAGGACAGAGCUGCGCUUGUUAAUAAUGAGUUUGGAGAGGAUCUUAACGUUGCUCCUUCGAAGGAAAGGGAGAAUGUGAAUCGGAGAGACCAACGAGGUCGAAAUCCUCGAAGACUCAUGUCACUAUUUGGAGGAGUCCGAGGUCGACAGGGAAAUGGGGGUCAGAACCAAACAAUGCCUGCUUGUACCGUUUGUCGUGGUCAGCAUGGAUUGUGGAAGUGUGACAAGUUUAAGAAGCAAUCUCAUCAAGACAAAUGGAAAGUAGUGCAUGAACAAAGCCUUUGUAUCAAGUGUCUCCAGAGCGGUCAUUUUGCAAGAAACUGCCCCAAAACUCAGUUCAAAUGUCAAGUGAAUGGAUGUAAGAAGGAACACAACACACUGCUACACCCCCCUCCAGCAGAUUCAACCCCACCAAGUGUUAAUCCACGCCAGCUUAAUCAGGAAGAAACAAGGGCGAACACCAACAGUGAAACCAGUGGAGUAACUAGUGAAAGUGCUGCCGUAACUGCUGCAACUGGGGCCGGCGAGCGAGUCUGUCUUAGUGUUGUUCCAGUCAAGGUCUUAGCCAAAGGUAGCAAUUUGAUACCUGUUGAAACAUAUGCGUUGUUGGACAGUGGCUCAGAAGUGACUCUUUGCCAUGAAAAGUUGAAGGAGACAUUGGGUGCAAGCGGCACGAGGCUGGACUUCACUUUAGCAGGGAUGACAGGCUCAGCCAGAGUGGAAAGUCAACAAGUAGAUCUUGUGGUGAUGUCAAUGGAUGAAUCAGUGACAGUGGAACUUUCAAGCGUCAGGACAGUCAAGCAUAUGCCUAUAACUGAGAGCUGUAUAGCCAAGAAGGAGGACCUAGAAAAUUGGCCUCAUUUGCGUGAUAUUGAGUUACAACAGUUGGACAUCACAAGUGUCAUGUUGAUUGUUGGUCUUAAAGACAACCCAAGCUUGUUCUUGCCGUUAGAAUACCGUGCUGGUGGCAAAGGAGAACCAGUAGCAAUUAGGUACAGCCUGGGAUGGACGGUGAUAGGUCCUGUUGGUGGAGAAAGCUGUACUGCCGAACGCUCAGUCAACUACCUACGUAUGGAAGAUAGCUCUGUUGUGUGCGCAGGUGGUUUAGAUUUUGAAGAUUAUGUUCUUUGCAAAGACCACAAGAAGAGUGUUGUGUUGUCUACAGGGCUAAACAGUGAAGAUGCCUAUGAAGAGAAUGUUGCAGACAUGAACUGUGUCCUUGAAUUAGAAUGUAAUGCCAGUGAACCCAAGCAUCGUUUACAGAUAGAUGAAAUUGAUCGUCAAGCUCGGGACGAUGAGCUUAGUCAGCAGUUGGAGCGACUGUGGAGAACAGAUUUUGAAAACUGUGAAGUCGAGACGCGAGUUUGUGCAUCGUUGGAAGACAAAAGGGCCCUAGAAAUAAUGGAGAGAACUCUUAAGAUGGUAGAUGGACACUUUCAGGUUGCCCUGCCUUGGCGACAUGAGCCACCAUUUUUACCUAACAACAGGGUAGUUGCAGAGCGAAGAGGUUUACUUCUAAAGAAACGACUCCUGAAAGACGAAGCCUUGUUGGAGAAAUACAAGACAACAAUGGCUGAUUACAUUGAAAGUGGCCACGCUGAAAAGGUCCCCGAUGAAGAGUUAGAGAUAAAGGACAGACCGGUGUGGUACCUACCUCAUCAUCCCGUAACUCACCCCUUAAAACCCGGCAAAGUGAGAGUAGUUUAUGAUUGUGCUGCCAAGUUCGGAGGGACAUCAUUGAAUCAACAACUUUUACAAGGACCUGAUCAAACAAAUCAAUUAGUGGGUGUCCUUAGUCGGUUUAGACAAGAGCCCAUUGGAGUGGUAGCUGACAUUGAAGCGAUGUUCCAUCAGGUGUUGGUGGAACCUAAGGACUGUGACGCACUUAGAUUUUUGUGGUGGCCCAAUGGAGACUUGUCUCGAGAAUUGGAAGAAUAUAGAAUGGUGAAGCACCUAUUUGGAGCCACAUCUUCCCCGAGUAUUGCUAAUUUCUGUUUGAAAAAAACCGCCGAGUUACAUGGAGAAGGAUUCGAGGAACAGACAGUGGAAACGGUGAAGCGUAACAUGUAUGUGGACGACAUGAUGAAGUCAACAAACACUACCGAGAAGGCAGUUGUGCUGGUGAGUCAACUCCAGGAGCUACUAAGAAGAGGUGGUUUCCAUUUGACAAAGUGGUAUAGCAAUGACAGAGAUGUGCUAGCAGCGAUUCCAGAAUCUGAAAGGGCCAAGUCAUUUGCAAACUUGGACUUGGAGAAAUUGCCGACCGAAUCUGCUCUAGGUCUCAAAUGGAACACAGAGGAAGACAAAUUUGUGUGGGAGGUCUUGGAGAAGAUCCUUCAAGUUGCUAAUCAGCGGCCAAUGACACGCAGAGGAAUAGUGUCAGCUGUUUAUUCUCUCUUUGAUCCCCUGGGUUUUAUUGCACCAUACAUCAUGAAAGCCAAACUGUUGUUGCAAGCCCUUAGUAGAAAGAACGUUGGUUGGGAUGAUCUCAUUGGGGAGGCUGAGAAAAUCCAGUGGAGGCGAUGGCUGGAUGAUCUUCCCAAGUUACAGGAAGUGCAAGUAGAUCGUUGUUUCAGACCCAGAGAGUUUGGCGAAGUAAGAGAAGUACAGUUACAUCUUUUCUCAGACGCAUCUCGUCAAGGAUACGCAUCGGUUGCAUACCUCCGUGUGAAGGACGAGAACAGUCGAAUUCAUUGUGCAUUCGUAAUGGGAAAGGCGAGGUUAGCCCCAGUGCGCGAGAUUUCAAUUCCAAGGUUGGAAUUGACAGCUGCAGUCAUCUCCGUGAAACUCUCUAAGAUUAUCCGUGAAGAAUUGGAUAUGAACUUCCAGAAAGUGUUCUACUGGACCGAUUCAAUGUCAGUGUUGAAGUGCAUCAGCAACGAAUCAAAAAGAUUCCACGCGUUCGAAUCCAAUCGUUUGACGGUGAUACAUAAUGGAUCUUCCCACUCCGAGUGGCAUUAUGUAAACAGAGAUAAUAAUCCUGCAGAUGAUGGCUCAAAGGGACUUAAAUUGGAUGACAUGUUAAAAAAUGAUCGCUGGUUGAGAGGUCCGGAGUUUCUUUGGGGAAAUGAGAGCCUCUGGCCAAGGAUGGUUGAAAUUCCAGCAUUGAAAGAUGACGACCCUGAAGUCAGGAAGGAGACUCAGAUUUACACCGUUGUUGUUCAAAGUAAAUACCUGGAGCCCUUAAUAGCACGCUACUCGUCUUGGUGGAAGUUGAAAAGGGCUGUAGCCUGGUUGUUGCGGUACAAGGCGUACCUUUUACGGAAAGUUCAGCUGAGUAAGAGGAGCGCUUUAGUUUCGAGUGAAUGCCAAGUCCAGAGCGGCGAAGUGCCAUUCGUGAAAUAUGGCUACUUGAAGGUGGCAGAGCUUCAGGAGGCUGAGAACGAAAUCCUCAAGGAAGUACAGCAAGUGUCUUUCCCUCAAGUCAUCGAGGUUCUCUCAUCAGCAGGAAGUUGCGAUGCAGAUGGUUGUGUUAAAAGGGUCCUUCGAAAGGCAGGAACGGCGUUGCAUCAGCUCAACCCACGCUUAGAGGAUGGUUUGCUGAGGGUUCGUGGCCGACUAGCACUUGCCCCGGUUCCUUAUGAGAAGAAACACCCUAUUAUCCUUCCCUACAAGCAUCAUGUGACGGAUCUGAUUAUCAAGCAGUAUCAUGAGAGUUUGGGUCACAUGGGUCAAGAAUGUGUUUUGUCUUCUUUAAGAGAAACAUUCUGGGUGGUCAAAGGAAGGUCAGCAGUGCGACGAGUGUUAAGGAGAUGUAUAGACUGUCAGCGAAGAAACACACGCCCGGGAGAGCAGUUUAUGGCAAAUUUACCUGAAGAGAGGCUAACCCCUGACAAGCCACCAUUCACAUUUGUUGCUGUCGAUUAUUUCGGGCCGAUUGAAGUAAAGCAGGGCAGAUCCCAUGUGAAAAGGUAUGGAUGCCUAUUUACGUGUUUGACAAUGCGAGCGGUCCCUAUAGAAGUGGCCAUUCCUUGGACACUGACUCAAUGAUAAAUGCACUCAGAAGAUUCAUCAGUAUUCGUGGUUGUCCUGAGCAGAUAAGAAGUGAUCGAGGUACAAACUUUACUAGCGCAGAAAGGGAGUUAAAGGAAGCCAUAGAGGGAUGGAAUCAGCAGAAGAUCAACAGUUUUUGUGGACAGAAGAUGAUAGAAUGGAUUUUCAAUCCACCAGCGGCGAGCCACAUGGGCGGCAUCUGGGAGCGGAUGAUACGUUCUGUGCGCCAGAUCUUGCGAGCGAUGUUGAAGGAGCAGGUAGUCUCCGAUGAGGUCCUCUCAACCGUUUUGGCAGAGGUGACGAAUAUUCUCAAUUCCAGACCCCUCUCAAGAAAUAGCGACAGUCCUUUAGAUGAACAACCAUUAACCCCUAAUCAUUUGUUGCAUCUGCGCCCGUGCCCAAGUGUACCUCCAGGGGUCUUCGACAAGGACGACCUCAGCUGCAGACGUGCUUGGAGGCAAGCGCAGUAUCUUGCCAAUUUGUUCUGGCGUAG